AUGAUUUAUAACAUCGGACCAUUGAAUCGGUACAUUUCAAAACGCUUCGCUAGCAUCGUCGGCACAGAGUUACAGCUUACGUUUUGGAAAGUACCAAGUCAAUGGUCCAAUGCUGGAAAUCAUGAAUACUGCGGCAGAGGACACAGGACUAGGUACAUUCCACAAGGUGUCCCUAACGCUCCGACCAAGUUGCGAAAACGCGAUCAAACCGACACUAAAAAGCUAAAGAAGACUGUGAGCUACAAAGAGGGUUUUCACAUCUGA